AUGACUUUCUCCAAUAUGUUACACAAAUUACAUGGUCAGCCUGAAAGCUAUGAAAAAAAGUCAAAGUAUCACUUCGGGCGGACACUAGGCGCUGGAACAUACGGAAUCGUUCGAGAAGCAGAGGGGCCUACAGGAAAAGUUGCUAUUAAGAUCAUUCUAAAAAGAAAUGUGCGAGGAAAUGAAGAGAUGGUAUACGCUGAGCUGGAUAUGCUGCAGCGUAUGAAACAUCCUCAUAUUGUUAAGUUCAUAGACUGGUUUGAGUCUCGGGACAAGUAUUACAUUGUCACCCAACUCGCGACAGGCGGUGAGCUUUUCGAUAGGAUUUGCGAGAGGGGGAAAUUUACAGAGAAAGAUGCAUCCCAAACAAUCCUUCAGGUCCUCGAAGCUGUCAAUUAUCUCCACGAUAAUAAUGUGGUACAUCGGGAUCUUAAGCCCGAGAAUCUUCUCUACCUCUACAAUGAUCCCAAAUCAGAUUUGGUCUUAGCAGAUUUCGGGAUUGCAAAGAUGCUUGAUUCGAAGGAUGAAGUACUCAUGACAGUAGCUGGAUCCUUUGGCUAUGCUGCGCCAGAAGUUAUGCUAAAGAGAGGGCACGGCAAGCCUGUUGAUAUGUGGUCACUUGGUGUCAUCACAUAUACGCUGCUGUGCGGGUAUUCGCCUUUUCGUAGCGACAACUUUAAUGACCUGAUGGACGAGUGCAGUAAGACUAGUGUUGUUUUCCAUGAGCGGUACUGGAAGGACGUCAGUGAUGAUGCCAAGGAUUUUAUAUGUCACCUUCUACAGCCUGAUGCGGAAGACAGGUCAACAAGCAAGCAAGCACUACGUCAUCCAUGGCUUAGCGGCGAAAGUGCAACAGAACACAACUUGUUGCCCGAAAUCAAAGCUUACAUGGCUAAGGCUCGUUUACGCCGAGGGAUUGAGAUUGUUAAGCUUGCCAACUGCAUAGAAGCUCUUAAGAUUCAAGAAGAUCAGACCGAAGACUCUGAUGUCCCAGCCAAUGCAAAAGCUGCGGCUAACGAUGCCAUCGUUGGUCCAGAGGCGGAUACUCCUAACCAGAGCAAGUCUAUCCCUACAACUGACAAGAAGGGAGCAAUUUUUAGAGAAAUUGUGUUGGCAAAAGUAAGGGAAACUAAAGAGGAAGAGAAGAAAUUACAAGUGGAGAAAGAAGCAAUAGACAAUGCAUUGAAAAGGAACAGUUUAUUUUAA